GAACGCAAAUACACGUGCAGGCCCGAAUACUACGUGCAGGCGCGAGGUGCAUCGAAGAAGACGAAGAAGUGACGAGACGAAGCAUGGUUGCUUUUUUUUAUCCGCGUCUUCGGUAAUGUUUCCUCACGCCGACGACAGAGACGCGAAUCUAUUGUCCGCGUCCUCGCUGCCUGGAGAGCCGAGCAAUGAUGCGGCUUCCCCGUCGUCAGUGUCUUCGCAGGAAAAAAAGAAGCUGCGGCGGUCAAAAUUGCGCAGGUCAAAGUCCAGCUCCAAGAAAGCUCACCGUCAAAGCAUGCGAUCCUUCCGGGGACUAUCCAAGAAAGUGCCGGGCACUCAGGACAACGUGCAGAAUGGCACCACACAAGGACAGCCCCAGGCUGUGCUGCCGAGGAGAGCCAAGAAGCCCCGGGCCAAAGAAAGGGGCACAGAAUCACCUGGUUCUGGUAAUAUAGGCGGGGCCAAGCCUUCCCACGAACCCAUCGUCGCAAAGCGUGGCCGUUCCGGGACCCCUGGCGUUACGAGGCCAGGCUCGCCUUCAGCAGUCCGGCUGCGUUCAUCGAUUUCAUCGCAGCGCCCACUACCAGAUUGA